UCUUCACCCGCGUUGACUGAAAACUGACAAUUGAUUCUUCUUCAUGCAAUACAGAGAACCACAGAAGAUGUCCAAAUUCUCCUGAAUUUCGUUCAAAGUUGCCUUCGUUUCUACGACGAUUCCGUUUCGGUUUCAUUCUUCAUAAAGCUCUCUGUAAGUUCCUCAAUUCACUCCCAAUCAAUUUCAAUUUCAAUUUCCCAACUCUGACAGAUUCUUCAUCUUCUCACAAUUUCCUCUAGGGAUUCCACUUGAUUCUUCCUUCUUUCUGAUCUGUCCAACCCUGAAUUUCUGAUUGAUUCUUCACGAUAACUUCAAUUUGAUUCGUUUCGCAUAACCCCUUUUGUUAUUUUUCUGCAUGAAUCUGUUUGGAGUUUUCUGAUUGCGUGACCUAAUUUUCGCGUUGAGAGUUUCAAGGUUUUUUUAGUUCCUUCAAUUCUUCCCAAACUAGAGAUCCACAGUAAUCAAUUCGCUAGAAUGCGUGAUUCGCUUCCACACUCCUCUACUCCCUUCCGGGCGGUGGAUAAUUCGCCUCUGCUUGGCCACUCCGUCACCGAUGGCCUUUUCCGUUCUCGAGGGUUUAUUCGUCGUUCGCCACAGCCUCUUCGAGGUGCUGUUCGUCUUCUCCGCCGUGCAAGUGGCCGCCAGAUGAUGCUCCGGGAACCCUCUGUUCGGGUCCGUGAGACCGCCGCCGAGCAGCUCGAGGAGCGCCAGAGCGAUUGGGCGUACUCCAAGCCCAUUAUUCUCUUGGACCUUCUAUGGAAUUUGGCCUUCGUCGUCAUUAGUUUCACUGUCCUAGGGCUUAGCACGAGUGAAAACCCUUCAGUGCCUCUCAGGUUUUGGAUCAGUGGAUAUGCUUUGCAAUGUAUCAUUCACAUGUCCUGUGUUGCUGUUGAGUAUAAGCGCCGGCGCUCGACAAGAGAGCCUGUCGGAUUGGACCGUAGUGGUGGCUGGACGAGCGGCGAGGAUUCGAAUUCGGUCUCUGGAAGUGAUGGAGAUGAUUAUGCCACAGAGGUUACCGUGAAUGAAGAAGAAUCUAGCAAUCUUGUGAAGCAUAUCGAGUCUGCAAAUACAAUGUUCUCUUUCAUCUGGUGGCUGUUGGGCUUUUAUUGGGUAACUGCUGGAGGCCAGGAAUUGAUAGAUAGUUCACCCCAGCUAUACUGGCUUUGUAUUACCUUCCUUGCUUUUGACGUCGUAUUUGUUCUGAUUUGCGUCGCAAUUGCGUGUCUUGUUGGCGUUGCUAUUUGCUGCUGUUUGCCUUGCAUCAUUGCCAUCUUGUAUGCGGUUACCGAUCAGGAAGGAGCUACAAAGGAAGAGAUCGAACGCUUACCGAAGUACAAAUUUAACAAAACAGGUGAUGUUGAGAAAGUGAAUGGUGAUAUUCAAGAAUCUACUGGAGGAAUAAUGACUGCAUGUGACACCGGUGCACCAUUGGAGCGUUUUCUUCGCCCCGAAGAUUCUGAGUGUUGCAUCUGCCUCUCUGCUUACGAGAAUGGAGCGGAGCUACGAGAACUUCCCUGUAACCACCAUUUUCACUGCAACUGCAUUGACAAAUGGCUGCACAUGAAUGCCACCUGCCCACUCUGCAAGUUCAACAUCUUGAAGCCGAACAGUUCCAGUAGCGAAGAAGUGUGAAUGAAGUGUAUGAGCGACGAAACACAGACAGAAAACAGAACACAACACAACCCGAAAAAGAAAGAGGGAAAAAAACAUAAUGUAUUAUUGGCUUCGAUGGCCAUUGAGAGAAGGGACCAUAGACCAUGUUUGUAAGUCUCCUGGAGGUGCCAGAGUUUGUUUGGAAGCUGCUGCUUUUGUAUGGUUGAUGACCGUACGUAUCUAUCAUAUGUGUUAUUACUUAAUUAGGUUGAAAACAAGUAUUGAGUUUCUGUUCUUAGUCAUGUAAAUUGGUUCGAGAGAGCUGUGUUUUGGAGUCUGUUGUAAUGAGAAUAAUAUAUUAAUGUUGGAAGAGCCAGUUUGGUUAUCGUAUUUAUAGUA